AUGGCGCCUUCGCUGCACGCACACUCGUCCUUCACCCGCCCGCGGACCGGCGACCGCGAUGGCCGACCUACCACCCGUGAUCAGGGCGACAACAAUCUGAUCAUCCCGAGCCGCACCUCUUCUCUCCACUCGCGCAUCACCCAGCCGAUUCCCUCGACACUGAACGCGAAGCCCCAGCAGCGGACUCCCAAGACACUUACUCACGCCUACAUGGUUUGCGGUGUCGGCAGAGAACCUUCCCAAUGGGUUAAGGCUCCCGCUCCCGCCCAAGGCAAGAUUGGUCACAUGAAGGGUGCUGUUGGUCAAUUCUGGCUGCCCGAGAUUCUCGGAAGCAGUCCCAGGCUGGAGCAGGAUAACGAGAUCGCGAGGUCCCUGCACGCUGCCAUGCGGGCUUGCUUCCCCCACGAUGUUGAGAUCUGCACCGGCCGCAGCCAGCCUCACUGUGUCCACCAUGCUUUCGUCUUGCAGCAGGACUCGUCUCACACCUUGUACGGUAUCUGUCUGCGUGUGUGGUCGCGAGCCGACGAGAAGAGGGCCGAGACAAUUCGCGAUCUGCGCAAGAGAACCGAGCCCGACUACUACGACAACCCUGACGAGACGUACUGGAUCCCGUACUGCCUGUCGUUUCUGUCUCGGUACCCGCUGUACAACCUUCUUGGAGACUACUUGCGAGGCAUGUGGAUCCACUGGAACAAGGCGACCAACUUGUUUCACGCCGAGGAGGUCUCGCGCAUCCUCAGCUUCCCGGCCCCGAGACUCAACGACCUCGUCAGGAUUGAUAUGAAGGACUACGCUCUUUGCUACCAGUUCCCCUCAUCACCCACUGGCUUCCAGAACUUUGCCAUGUGGCCCUUGUUCUGCUGCCUGUCCAUCCCCAACAUUGUUGGUGUUAUCGAGGCCGCCAUCUCGCCCACCCGCCGCAUCAUCUUCGUUAGUCACUACCCGGCCAUGCUUACCAUGGCUGCAGAGACUGUUCGAUAUUGCGUUCGCGUUUACGAAUGGAGUGGGCUCUAUGUGCCUGUUGUGCAUGCUCGUCAUGCCAAGGAUUUGGUUCAGGAGCCGGGCCCUUACAUUCUAGGCAUCACCGCCGAGUGCCGCUCUCUCUUCACUGCGCCGACCGACGCCUUGGUGGUUGAUCUCGACCGCAACUUUGUGCUCACCUCCAGCCCUCCGACCGCGCUAAAUCCCAGCCAGCGCAACAAGUUUGUCACCCGUCUCACCCAGUCUCUCAAUGGCGAUGUCACUCCUUCCGGCGUCCCCCCCCAUCUUCGGUCUGCGUAUGGCGGUGGCAAGCUCGUCCCCGCCGGCCAGAUCAUCGUGAUGCGUGGUGAGGUUGAGUCCAUUCAGGACCCCGAGUGGUGGAGUCAGGAUUCCGUCAUGGCUGUCAUGGACCACGUCUGCGAGAAGAUGGGUCGCAACACUGGCAUUAAGGCUGUCUUUGGCGGCUCCGUCAAGAAGCCUUUGAUGACAAAGGUCUCGAUGAGGCACCUCAACGAAAUUGUCCGCGAGAGGAACCAGUACUCUCGCGAUGCCCUCGAGGCCUGGCAGGAUUUCAUCAACCUGAAGGGUCGCAUGGACACCGAGCUCAACAAGGUCACCAAGCGCAACAAUUAUCUCAACGAGGAGCUCGAGAGCUGGAAACAGCAGUUUCUCAAGUUCCAGGCGUUCGCCGAACAGCUCACCAAGGAAACCCAGGAUCUUAAGGCCAAGAUCGAGACGCACAAGAGGGAGAACAGGCGUCUCGCAAGUCUCAUCGACCAGCAAAAAGAUGACAACGGACGUCUCAAUGUCCGUCUUGGUGCUACCGAGAAGCAGCGCGACGACGCACUCGAGGCCCUCGUCCUCCAACAGGAGAUUGCCGAGGAGCUUGAACGCGAACGUAAGCGCAACAAGAAGGAGCUUGCUGCUCUUCAGCACACCAACGUCACCAUUCUCAGACAACGUGACGAGGCUCGCCGUGUCGUGCUGCAUCUUCGCAGCUUAAUAGGCGGACAGAGUCACCACAUGGAGCACCUGGUCCAGUCUUUGACCAAGCCUGACGACUUGGAGCGUGAGAUUGAAGAGGGCUUCGAGCCGGAGGUCGGUGAGGACGGCGUCUCCCCCAGGGACGCUGAUGCCAACCAGGCCCGUCUCCUCUCAGCUGCCGCCCAGGCAAACAAGAGACUCUCUGCUUCGAGUUUCAAGGACGUGGCAGACCGCCACCUCAAGGACAAGACGGAUGCCAUCGCGCACAUCAUCCGCAACAUUGCUGAGCAAUGCCAGGCUGCCGUUGAGGGCCUGCAGCUGGCUCAGGAUGCCGACUUUGAUGAACGCGCCGCCAGCGCCGCCAGACUUCGCGCUCAGCGCCGUCGCAGCAACUUGUCCGCUACCCACAGCGACGAUGGUCACGAGACGCAGUCAAAUGCGACGUCCGACAUGGGCGACGACAGCCUCCUCCACCCCGCCUCUGGUCGGAUAUCCAGCAUCCCCCCUACCCCGGACCUGGUCCCAAACCGAAGCAGCACGGCCAUGUCAUUCGCUUCCAGCGCCGCGACCCCUGAGCGGUCAAGUCAGCAGUACAUGAUCCACCAGGACAUCCCCACCAAGAUCGUCGAGGACGAUGAGGAUUUCGACGAGGACCGCAGCGAGUCCGAGACGAUGCCCCAGCAAUCUGUUGGCAAACACACCGACAGCCUCAUUCACCGCCCAUCCGGCGCCCGUAUCAGUGCCCUGGGUGGCACCCGCUAA